CUAAAACCAAAAUAGUAAGUUUAAGACAAAGAAGGUUGUACACGGCAAAUACAACUAUUAUUACACUACAAUGGCGGAGACAUAUAUAAAGUCGCCAUCGCCACCACUGUUUACAUGUCGGUGGGACUCCCUUCUCAAAAUAUUCCACCGAACCACCAUUUUCUUUGACACUUCACAACUGCCCUCAACUCACUCAUGUUCAGUCGUUUCAAGUAGCAUCCUGCAAACGAGGAAGAUUAGAGUUCACUUUUCAGGGCAAAUAUCUUUAAUUAGGGUUUAAAAAGAUUGUAAUUUGGAAAUCAAUCAGACUGUGGGGUGUGUUUCUUGAUCAAUUGGGUGUGUUCACGACAUGGGUUUGUGCUUUAAAUUAGCUUAAUUGAUUUUACACGAAAGAUUUCAGCCAUGGCUUCUUGGAAGAACAGAGGUGGACCAGAGUCGAAUUCAAGAAAUUUGGUGUCGAGAAAAUUGAGUAUUUUUCUUUGCAUCAGUUGCUUCUGUGCUGGAAUGCUGUUCACCGACAGAAUGUGGAAAGAGCCAGAAGCUAAAGGCAUAUCAAGAUCAACCAGAAACGAAGCUGAAAAUCUCAAAUUUUUGGCAGAGGAUUGCAAUACAAAAUCAAAUGAUGUAAGAAGGGGUUCUAAAUACAAUAUUGGGGAAGUUUCAAAAACGCACAACGCUGUCCAAACAUUAGACAAAACAAUUUCAAAGUUGAAGAUGGAAUUAGUAGCAGCAAGAGCAAUGCAAGAUUCCAUAGUUACAGGAUCUCCAAUAUCUGAUGAUUUGUCACUCCUUAAUCCCAUUAAAAAACGAAAAUAUUUUAUGGUUAUUGGGAUUAAUACAGCUUUUAGCAGCCGAAAAAGACGAGACUCUGUUCGUGCUACUUGGAUGCCUCAAGGUGAUAAACUCAAAAAGCUCGAGGAAGAAAAGGGUAUUAUUAUGCGAUUUGUGAUAGGUCACAGUGCUACAUCGGGUGGUAUUCUUGAUAGAGCUAUUGAAGCAGAAGAAAAGAAGCAUGGAGAUUUUCUGAGGUUGGAGCAUAUUGAAGGGUACCUUGAAUUAUCUGCAAAAACAAAAAAGUACAUAACUACAGCUGUUGCUCUGUGGGAUGCGGAUUUUUAUGUCAAAGUUGAUGAUGAUGUACAUGUAAAUAUAGGUACACUUGGAGCAACGUUAAGUAGAUAUCAGUCAAAGCCUCGCGUGUAUGUUGGCUGCAUGAAAUCGGGCCCCGUUCUUGCUCAUAAAGGAGUGAGAUAUCAUGAACCCGAACACUGGAAAUUUGGUGAAGAAGGAAACAAGUAUUUUCGUCAUGCUACAGGUCAACUAUAUGCAAUCUCAAGAGAUUUAGCUACUUAUAUUUCUAUAAACCAACAUGUUCUACACAAAUAUGCGAAUGAGGAUGUCUCAAUUGGAUCAUGGUUUAUUGGACUGGAUGUGGAGCACAUUGAUGAUAGGAGGUUGUGUUGUGGAACACCACCAGAUUGUGAAUGGAAGGCUCAAGCAGGGAACGUAUGUGUGGCAUCAUUUGAUUGGAGUUGCAGCGGGAUUUGCAGAUCUGCUGAUAGGAUUAAAGAUGUUCACAAGCGAUGUGGGGAAGACGUGUCUGCUCUAUGGAAUACUUCCUUUUGAGACUUGUGACGUGAUGUUUAUACAGCUGUAAAGUUCUGAGAUAAAGGUUGUAGACAGGGGUUCUGCUCUAUUUUAGGUCAAGAGGAAAGGUACCCCCUGUUGGAGCAACUUAAAAAUAGAAUUAAAAGAUGUUAUUUUGUUAUGAAAAUUAGGAAAAAAAUGUUCUUGAGUUUUGAUACAAACACAAGUAGUAAGAUGCGUGCAGCUCACUUCGAUUUUUUAAAUAUAUAACUUUGUUCUUUGCGGG